AGAGUAUGCUGGCGCUUUCUGUCGGUUGCCGUUGGUCGCCAAAUGCGGAGCUAAGAGUGUCUGUGGUUAGGAGCCUUUUGUUAAAAUAAUAUAUAAUUCUAAUAUUUGUACUAUUUAGAAUUGUAAUAGUUUAGCUCCAGAGUCGCGGAAAGGAUGUCAGAAACUGAUCCAAAAUCAGUGCAGGACCUCACAGGUGUGGUUCAGACAUUGCUUCAGCAGAUGCAGGACAAAUUCCAAACCAUGUCAGACCAGAUCAUUGGAAGAAUUGAUGAGAUGAGCACUCGUAUUGAUGACUUGGAAAAGAAUAUUGCAGAUCUAAUGACACAGGCAGGUGUGGAAGAGAUCGAGGGAGGAGAAAAGGUGAGUUUCUAAGGUUGCCAAAUAAUACACCAUUGCUACUGAAGGACGUUCUGCAAGAUCACAAGAUUUCUUUUUUCAAAUUGCUAGGUGUAAAGCAUUUUUUAUAUUAAUUCUUGUAAUAAUGGUUGCAUUCCUGACAGUGACUGUACAUUUAGAAUUGAAAACAUUUUUUCUUAAUAUUUUACAGAGUUUCUUAUAGCUGUACAAUUGUAAACUUCUUAGACUAGUAAGUAUUAACACACUACCAAAAUGCCAUUUAGUUAAAUUCCAUUGAGUUAAAUAAAAUUAUUUGUUACAAGGUUG